CGCUCACAUUCACGCACGCGCGCACGCGAACGCUGCGACAGCAAGAGACAGGAGCAAACUACAGUCUCACGCGCUCAGGGGCACAGACACGCGCGAUCUCGUGGAAGCGAACUCCGUGGCAGGAGAGCGUGCCUUGGUGAGGUAACUCGUGCAAGCGCUUUUUGUGUGUUUCUAUGGUACGCAAAAUCUGUCACGAUGAUCUCCCUUUAACGCGUUCGGACAUCCAACAGACUCGUCUGGAACAUUUUUUUUUUUAAAGUUGCCAGUCAAGAGACCGAAAGCUGAUUGUUCUGGCACAGUUUAGUGUGAGUGGCUCAGGGGGAAACUGACCCUGACUUCAGGAGCAAGACGACUGGAUUUCGUGCUGGUCUGUCGAUGGAAACAAGAUGGAACGCUUUCUUCAUCCUAGUGACAUAGCCUGCUUCACCAAGUUGACCCAACGGUGGAACCUGACUGCCUAGAGGGCUGGAAAAGGAAACCAAUCGAGUUCCAGUUCAACUUGAAUGACUCUGCAUGUGCUGAGCAGCUAUGGCUUUCCUAUUAAUUCUGUUCUAUGUUGUCGACAUCUGCGCAUACAACAUCCUGGGAUCAAUGCUAGGCUCCGAGAUGGUGGAAUGGAAAGAAAAGCGGCUGAUCAAAGAAAUGCUCAGCGCCUACGCCAAGGAAGGUACCCACGGCCGGCCUGUGGCCCACAACAACGACUACCUGCUGGUGAACUUCUCGCUCUCGCUGAUACAAAUAAUGGAUGUGGACGAGAAGAACCAGAUUCUCAAGACAAGCAUCUGGUACCACUAUAUCUGGACGGACAGCUUCCUGACCUGGGAUCCGACCCAGCAUGACAAUAUUACAAGUGUUCGCAUUCCUUCCGAAAGGAUAUGGCUGCCAGACAUUCAGCUCUACAACUUCGCAGACGACCGACUGUCGGAGAGACGCGACGCCCUGGUUGUGGUGCAGCACACGGGAGAACUGUUGUGGAUGCCGCAGGCCAUGCUGAACAGCUCCUGCUCCUUCAACACACUCUUCUUCCCUUUCGACGAACAAGAAUGCACGUUGAAGUUCGGGUCCUGGACUUACAAUGGGUUCAAGCUUGACGUGGACUUCGUGAUGGGAAGAGAAGAGAUGGACCUGAGUGACUACACGCCCAGUAACGAGUGGGACAUCACGGCCAACCGAGGCCGCAAGAACGUCAAGUAUUACAUCUGCUGUCCAGAACCCUUCCCGGAUAUAACUUUUACCCUUCGCAUCCGUCGUAAAGUGGCUUUUUACACCUUCAUCCUCAUCCUUCCCUGCGGUCUGCUUAGCCUGCUGACCAUGGUUAUCUUCUACGUGCCGCCAGAGUCACCAAAAUUACAACUCGGUGGGUGA